GUAAUCCACAGGACCGGUUUGCGCCCCCUACCGGCAGAAUCCCCGGUAGACUCCAAACUGAUGACGUGGUUCGGUCAGGUUGACCAGACUAGCAGGAUGGCCGACCAGAGCAGGCAAAUAAAACUGGCUGCAGCUAAGAAAAAGCUGAAGGAGUUUCAGCAGAAGAGCUCCCCUGCCAGUGUAGGAGGAGAGAAAGGGGGAGGUGGAGGUGGAGCAGGGGCCAAGAAGAAGAGGAGGGUGAAGGGAAACCUUGAUGCACCAUCAACAGACAGAAGCUCUCCAGAUAAUUUUGACAGUAUUCUGAAAGCUCUUAGUCAAAGCAAUGGCGUUGUCCUCCCUUCAUAUGGCAGCAGUCAGAUAUUUGCAGACAUGGAGACCAUGGGGCCUUCAGUUCCCCAACUGCACAAGGACCCAAAGGGCGAGCCUGGUCGCAGCUCACCUGUGUCUAACCCUGCUAGCACUAAUACUGCUACUAACCCUGAGUCUGUCAGUCACAACACUGAGCUGCAGGACUACACUGAUACAAAUGGCAAUGGGAGUUUAGGAGAGGAAAAUAGGCCCCUGUCCUCUACUGAGAGCUUGCGUCAGCUCUCACAGCAGCUGAACGGCCUGGUCUCUGAGUCAUCCACUACAUAUGUAAAUGGGGACACUGCACCUCCAGUCAGUGAGCGGGAACUGGAGAGCCGGAACCAGGAGCUGGCUGCCGCCCUGGAGUCCAGUAACCUAACAAACUCUCAGCUCAAUACCAAGCUAGACCAGCUGGCACAGCAGUCUCAAGAGCUAACAGAACAGCUACAAAAGGAGCGGAAAGAAUUUGAACAGAGAUUUUCAAAAGAGCAGGGAGCCAUGCGAGAGCAAUUACAGGUUCACAUCCAGACUAUUGGUAUACUAGUAUCAGAGAAAUCAGAGCUGCAGACAGCACUACAAUACACACAACAGGCUGCACGGCAAAAAACAGGUGAAGCAGAGGAGAUGAAUAAUCGUCUGCAGGCAACAAAACAGAGAGUGUCAGAGCUGGAGAGAACUCUAUCCUCUGUCUCAACACAGCAAAAACAAUUUGAAAAGCACAAUAAAGAACUGGAAAAAGAGAGAGACAGCCUGAGGUUAGAAGUGUUUCGGCUCAACAACUUGAGUGAGGAAUCAAAGCAGCAGAGCUCGGAGCUAUCAGAGCAGCUGAAAUUACGUAUUCAGGAAAAUGGAACAAUGAAACUGGAAGUGGAAGAGCUUCGCAAGAGGCUUGAGAUUGCUGACCUCAUGUUGCAACAGUGCUCCUCUCAGUCAGAUCCCAACAGUGCCAACCAGCAGGUUCAGCUAAUAAUGGAGGAGAAGCAGCAGCUGGAGGUGCACAAUCACCAGCUAAUGGAGUCCAUUUCACAACUGAGGACUGAGAGAGACUGCUAUGCAGAGCAAAUCCAGGAGGAGGGCCGUGUGUGGAAGGACAAAACUGAACAGCUGCUAACACAAGUGUCGUUGGUUGCAGAGGAGAGAGACAGAAACAUCAGCAGAGUCCAAGAACUGGAGGCCAGCAUUGCAGAGCUUAAAAAUGCUGCAGCAUUAUUGUCCCAGGAGAAAGAUGCUCAGAGUGAUGUAGAGCCUCAGUCAUCAGGGCCAUCAGAGAAUGAAGUGGCUCUUCAGGAGGCACUUAACAAUAUUCAACAUGACAAAGAUGCUCUUACUGCACAGUACCAGGCACAGCUGCGAGAUAAUGAGCAGCUGAGCCGGCUGUGUGCAGAGCAGGAGGCCCGUCUGGGUGAGCUGGAGCAGCAGGUGGAGAGCCAGGCCCAGGAGGCGGAGGACCGGCGGCGCAUGUUGGAAGAUGUCCAGUCUGACAAGGCCACUAUUAGCCGCGCUCUCACCCAGAACCGAACACUGAAGGACCAGCUGGCUGAGCUACAGAAUGGUUUUGUCAAACUGACUAAUGAGAACAUGGAGUUGACCACUGCCAUUCAGUCAGAGCAGCAUGUGAAAAAGGAGCUGGCUCGCAGGAUGGGAGAACUGCAAGAAGACCUGCAUAAUGUCAAAGAGCAGUUGGAAAUGAAAUGUAAGGAGACUCAGGGUCUGUUAGAGCAGAGGGACCAGGUAGUUGCCCAUCUGCAGCAGUAUAGUGUUGGGUACCAGGCCCUAGCCUCUGAGAGGGAACAGAUCCACCAGCAGUAUCUGCAGCAAUGUCAGCUCAUGGAUCGACUGCAGCAUGAUGAAAGUCAAGGCCGAGCACAGCUGGAGAUCAGUCACAACCAGCUCAAAGCAGCGCAGGAGCAUUUGCAGCAGUUGGUCAGUGACAAUGAGCAGCUGAAGGCUGAGGUGAAGGAGCUGCUCAACAGCUCACUACUUGCCACACCACCCCGAGAUCAAGGAGAUGGAGUGGAAAGUCAGUCUCAACAAGAGAGUUCAAAGAUGUCUGCCUCCAUAGUUAUUCCUGAGGACUUUGAGAGCCAAAAAGAGAUGGAGGAGUUCAUCCGCGGGGCUUUGGCUCAGUUGGAGGCAGAGAGGGACGAGGCCAGGAGACAGUUGGAGGAGGAGCACCGCCUCCACAUGGUGGCUCGGCACCAGGCCCUGGCCCUCAGUCUGGAACACCAACACCACACUCACAAACCUGUUCAUGAUCAUCAUCAUGACCAUGACCACGAUCAUGACCAUGAUCACGACCACGAUCACUCUCAGGGCCCACAUCAUCACUGUGACCACAGCCAUGAGCAUUCAGAAGGCGGAGUUCCGGUGGAAGUCCAUCAGGCCCUACAAGCUGCGAUGGAGAAGCUUCAGCAGCGUUUCACCUCUCUCAUGCAGGAGAAGGCAGAUCUGAAGGAAAGGGUUGAGGAGCUGGAGCACCGGUGCAUCCAGCUCUCAGGAGAGACUGACACUAUAGGUGAGUACAUAGCCCUGUAUCAGAGCCAGCGAGCCAUCAUGAAGCAGAAACACCAAGAGAAAGAACAGUACAUCAGCAUGUUGGCCCAGGACAAGGAGGAGAUGAAGGCGAAACUGGCAGAGCUGCAGGAUCUCGUAAUGAGACUAGUGGCUGAGAGAAAUGACUGGUACAGCCGCUAUACUGGAGCUGUAGCUGACACCGGAAAAGUGAACCCCGACUUGCUGCCUGUCGGACAGGACCACAUUCACGCAGAGCAUCAUACGCACAUGCACUCUGAGCAUAACGCUGGCAGCGGAGCAGAAGCCAUGGAGGUGGUUCCUCUGUCCGAGCCCUCCACAGGCCUCGAAGCCACCUCCUCGCAAACCCUUUCAUCAGGAUUAGCUCAGACUGAAUCCAAGUCACUUGCACCCAAAGAGGAUGGCACAGCGCAGCAGAUCAUGCAGCUUCUCCAAGAGAUCCAGAAUCCCCAGGGGGGGCUUAGGUCACCGCCGUUCCUCGGAGAAAACCCCUGCAUCCCGUUCUUCUACAGGCCCGAUGAACAGGAUGAAGUCAAGAUCCUGGUGGUGUGAGGCGUGGCUGAUGUGACAGGUGGUGUGUUUGUGUGUGAUUGUAUCUGAGAUCUCGGACAUGGCUUGAAAUCUGACAGAAAUUAACACCACAGUUGACUUUGUUUCUUUCUUACGGAUUAUGGUCACAAACACUUGUUCAACAAAAUGAAACCGUGUGAAACUGCUCUAAGAUACAUGAAUAUCUGACAGUUCUGCUCAAAUUGUCCCUCUUGGUUUUGUGAUUCUCAGCAACAUGUACACUGGGUUCAGAGAAAGUGGAGUGUAUCUAGUUGCUGUUAGUAUUAUUUGUCUUUGAUGCUCUUCUGAGAGGAGAUCAUCAGGACUCAAAAACUGAAAUCUGAUUGUUUUCCUCACAGCAAUAUUUUCUUUCCCACCUCUCCUCCCAUCUCCCAUUUUAUAUAUAAGUGCAAUAAGGGGUCUCGUAUUGUGUCCCCUCGUUUCUACAUACAGUACUUAAAGACCUGUCAGAGCAAGACUGUAUGCUUCCUUUAAAAUCUCACUUUUCCAGAAUUCACUGUCCACAAUGCCAAAACAAGAGCAUCACAGUUGAAUGUAUUAACCUGCAUAUUUACACAGAUGUUUGUGAGAAAAUGUGAACUUAACUGGUCGUAGUAAAGUGGGUUGGAAGAAGGUUGGGUUGUAAUGCAGAGUGCAAGAGCACACGCAAGCUUGUAAAGCAUAGGAGCUGUUUGUUUCAAACACAUUACAUGAUCAGGCAACACAUCAGUACUGUUCCUUAAACUACCUUUUCCUUUAACACUGAAGAUAACUAAGUUAACUUGUGUAAAAAGUUGUGGGUUAUUGUCACAAGUCCUGUUUGACUGAACGGAUAGAUGCAAUUUAAAGUCAAGAAGUAAUUCAGGCAUUAUUUUCUGAAGAGCAUAAUUCAUAUGAAGUACAUUUACUCUUAAAAUACUUGAGGUGUUUUGUCGAGGUUUUCUGCUUUCUGCACAUAUAAAACUUUUCUUACUGUCUUCAUUAGCACAUUAGUGAUUUAGUUACACAGACUUAGAGAAGUAACAUUUGACUGCAGUCACACGUUUUACAAGAUGUUUAACAGUAGUUUUGACCAAGAAGACAGUAAUUCAUCAGCCAAUGUCAUUCCCACUCAUCCCCUAACAAUAGGACACUGAAAAUGAGUUAUACACAUCUGAAAUGAACCGGACAAUUGUUGAAUUUGGCAUCAAAGUCAAAGGAAUAACUACAUAAAUUAAUCUGAAGCUCAUCAAUAAAUGUGCAACAGCGUAUCAGAUGAAGUGUAAAGGUGGGAGGGUUUUAAUCUUUUGAGCCUUUAUUAUCCCUCGAAGUCUGUCAUUCCAGUUUAUCAGAGCGGCCUUCUGCAGAUAUCAAGUUGGUAAAAUGUCAUCUUGAUGCCGAUGAACCGUUCUAUCUCUAAUCUCAGUACAACUCUGUCGUUGGUGAUGUUGUGCUCUGCAUGUGGCAGGUUUCAUCACUGAGGUUUGUCAUAUCAGAGCUUCUCAUCAUCAUCACCUCAAAUCCAGCUCCAGCUCCAGCUCCAGCUGGUUACAGAUCACACUAAGUCUGUUUUUCUGUUUUGCUCGUAGUCCUACAUAUCAGAUAUUAUCUUACAACUGGACUGUGUGUAUGUGUGUGUGUACGUGUGUGCGUGUGUGUGUGUUUGUGUGUAGCCAAAUAGUUUGUUUCUUCCUCAGCUGAAGCUGCAUCUGUUCUACUUUUUUUGUAGAGUUCUAUCAAAUUCUAUGAGUAUGAUUGCACUAAAACUGUACAAAGCCUCUCGUUCAGCUCAGACAGUGACAUUUUUACCAUCAAGCCUCUCUGAGACCAGUGGGACCCCAUGAAGCCACAGAGUCGUCGACUCUUAAGCCGAGGGUCCCGUUUGAAGCAAAGGAAUCACAAUGAAAGUGUGUUUGUGUUUGCGUGCAGUGUUGCUCUUGACAGCUGAACAAGUUGUGUAAAUAUAAGUGAAAUGAAUGCGACUGUUAUGGGAAUAUUCCUUUGUUGUGUGGGACCAAUCAAAAUUUGUGAGAAUGAACAACUCACUUUUCAAACCAGAGUCGAAGGUGUGUCUGGAGAGGUUGAAGAAAGCAUGUGGAGGUGUUAAACUAAACAUGCUCCAGAUUUCAGCCACAUCCUCUGGAAUAAGGGAGUUGCUCAUGCUCACAAAUGUAGAUUGGAGGAUGAAUAAAUCAGCUUCCUCUUUUUUUUUUUCUUUUUCAAUUUUCAUUUGCAAAGUUAAGAUACAAAAGUUUUAUUAGUGUCUCAUGAACAUUCAAAACUUGUACCCUGUUACAUAGAAUCUCCUCUCUGCUCUGUUUUGAUGUAGAGAACUCAAAUGUAAAUUUAUUGAACUGCAUGCUUGAUAUUUAUCAAAAACUGUAACAGUGCAGAGUGUAAAGUCUAAUAAAGUAGGAGAUAUACAGAGCUCAUAUGUUGUGGAAGGAAACACUGUCUGAGUUUAGCACUUUGGCAGCAACAGGGGAUUUUUUUUCUCUUCUCAUCUUCUCCAAUCAGUCCAUAUUUUUUUAAAAUUUCCUCACUUCUUUUUAUUUUGCCACUUUUUCCCUUUUUUCUUAAAUUAAUUGUGGGAGUGGCCAUAAUUCAAGGUAAAUACGGUGACAUUUCUAUUAAUGAAAUGAUGAUGUAUUGGGAUUUGUAAAUUAAUAAUAUGGACAAACUGAUUUCCCUUACCCCCAGUUUGUAAUUCACUGUCGAUCGAAACAAAUAAUGAUGGGAAUGCAUUUAUCGUCCUACUGUAAAAGCGCUGGUGUAUAUACUGUAAUUGUGUAACAUAUUGUAUAUUCCUUCUGCCUGGUGUGUGGGGACUGUGUGUCUGUUGGUACAGAAUUGGGGUGUUGGUGGUUACUGCCUGGCUGUGAUUUAAUACAAAGAUUGACUUUAAAAAAAAAAAAAAAAGAGAGAAAAUAUUCUAUUUAUUUGAACAAGUUAGUAUCUCAACUAAUCAGUUUUAAUGUAAAGUAGAGGUGACUGAUGGAAAUGAAAGAUUAUUUACCGAACUGUUUGGUUCGAGGGCUGCUUCUGAUCUGACGGGAGCUUUCUGGUAUUUUUAUUUUUUUUCUUGAGUAAUAUUUUCUCCCCUUCUCCUGAAUAAAACUGAUUAAGCAACUUCAA